GACGAAGAUUGCAAGGCCAUUCUACUAGCAACUGCUAGGCUCACCGUCGCCGACCGUCACGGGAAUCCGCAUCCAGUGAGAGCUCUAAUUGACCAAGGAUCAGAAGUUUCACUGAUCUCCGAGGCGCUCGUGCAACAUCUGCGUCUGCCUAGGUCCCGAGCGGAGGUCACUAUCUUCGGGAUUGGCGGCUCUAAGUCCGGAUUUACUCGAGGAAAGGUAACUCUCAAUCUCAUUUCCAAGGUCAACGGACAGCAAGUCAAAGCUGUCGCCUUCAUCCUUCCAAGACUCUCUCUCUACCAAGGGGCGGCGAUCAGACACGCAAGGUCGUGGCCUCACAUCAAGGAUCUUCAACUCGCGGAUCCAGAAUUUAUGGCCACCGACCCUGUCGAAUUGCUACUUGGUGCGGAGGUCUGUUCGAUUAUCUUGCAAGAUGGCCUUCGAAAGGGUGACCCUCAAACUCCUGUUGCUCAGCGAACACUCUUUGGGUGGAUUCUUUCAGGGGGUUGUGGAGAAAAUCAGAUUGCAGCCUUACGCAGCUCUUUCCAGUGUACCGCAGAUCAUGACUUGACUGCGCUUGUGCAACAAUUUUGGGACCAAGAGAAAGAACCUACCGCUUUCCUCGCACCCUCGCCCAACGAGCAAUUAUGUGAAAAAAUCUUCUCUCAAACGCAUACCCGCACGGAAACAGGGCGAUAUAUGGUGCGUCUACCAUUCGCCUCGAUACCAACUCCCCUCAAUGAUACAUGUCACUCCGCCCAACGAAUGCUGACUGCUAUGGAGAACAAGUUCAAACGUAAUACUCGGUUCGGGGAGCUCUACCGGGACUUCCUGAAAGAGUACGAACAAUUAGGGCACAUGGAGUUGACAUCAAAAUCAUCGGAUUCUCAAGAACAAGGCAAGUGUUACCUACCUCACCACGGAGUGCUGCGAGAGUCAAGUGCUUCGACCAAACUGAGGGUGGUAUUCAACGGAUCGCAGCCUGCGAAGACUGGCAAGUCCUUGAAUUCUCAGUUAUUGACCGGUGCCAAUCUUCUGCCUCCACUCGCUGACUUACUGACGCGAUGGCGAUGGCAUCGGUAUGUAUUCGUCGCUGACAUUGAAAAAAUGUAUCGUCAGAUACUCGUGUUUCCAGAAGACCGCGAGUAUCAGCGUAUUCUUUGGCGUCAAACAGAAAACGAUUCAAUUAACGAGUAUAAAUUAAACACUGUAACGUACGGUCUUUCAUGCGCGCCAUUUCUUGCCAUUCGCACUCUCCGCCAGCUGGCCGAUGACGAAGGAUUGAAAUUUCCGCAAGGUUCCGCUGCAUUGCGACGCGACAGUUACGUUGAUGAUAUCGUGACUGGAACGCACACCAAAUCCCAAUCAAUAGCGUUACAAACGGAACUCCGUCAGCUCUGCAUGGCGGGCGGGUUUACGUUAAAAAAGUGGGCCGCCAACUGUCUCGAAACCCUCGUUGGAAUACCAGCAGACCAUUGUCUCAU